AUGGAGGCAGCAGAUUCUGCCAACAGGCAAAGUGGGAUUCUAUCAAUUACCAACCGCGAGAGUGCUGACCGAUUCAACACUGAUCGAACAUAUACCUCCGCUCCCACAAUGGCCACACUUGUGAGUCCCGCCUCGAUAUAUUCGAAUGGUCCCCCUCCUCCAUAUUCAAACUGGCCAGCGCCAGCAGCUGGUCUAGUUUCCCCGCCGGAGUCGCGGCGAACCUCGGACAACAAGGCAGAUGCUCCCCCGCCUCUUCAAACCAUCCCACCCCAUCGACAGUCGCUACCAUCAAUACACGAAGCUCUCAAUACGAAAUCUUAUACGUCUCCUGUAUCCGCUUCUCUGCCACCAGCGCACCACCCCGCUCCAUAUUCCCAGGGCCCUGUGAUUCCCCGAACAUACCCCCCUUCAGAUCACGCGCCGUAUUCGACUCAUAUAUGCUUAUCGCAGACAAGGCAUCCUUCUCCACCUCGCCCGAUUCAUCCACAACAAGCCCAUGCCUUCUCUCACGUUGAUCCGCCGCAAAAUAACUACCAGGAGUCGCAGCGACAUCCGGCAGCCACCGCACCGGCGGCUCCCUCUUCUCACGCUCAAUACCCAAGUCACCGACAUGAUCCUCCUCGGUACGACCCAGACAGUCAGGCGUCAGAAAGACCCCUUAACAGCUAUUCUCAUCAGCCUCAGACGGGUCCUUAUAGCUAUCCUCCUAACUCGAACCAGAUGUCCGGUCCCCACGAUGCCUCUUAUAAUCAGCCUCGAUAUCCUCAUGACCCUCGACCGGUUGAUGAGGGGUGGAAAGGAAAUACUGAAGAUGAUAGGACCAAAAUCUCUCCAUUUAAACAAGGGUUGAAACGUCGGUACAUGGUCUGGGACUUUGAAAACUACCUCUCUGCUAUCAAUGUUUCCUCGGGCAACAUACAGAGCUGGUCACAUCAUUUUCACACCAUAACACAAGAGCAACAACCUCGGGAUCAUCCGGCUGUUCCCGAUCGUAUGCCUUCCUUGGAUUCUUGUAAUGAAAUGCUUGAGAAUCAAGAAACGAUCCGAAUCUUUCUGGAAAAGAUGAGAGAUAUGAUAUCUCAGCAAAAUGAGCAGACGGCCAUGCUCGAAGUGCAACAUCGAGAAAAUACUGGUAAAAGUGCAGCCUACUACGACCAUGAAGCGCAGAAUAACGUGUACAUGCAUGAUCCUAAGGGUGAGGUGUUUGGGGGACCAGAAAGCAAGAAGCGUCGCGGGAGAGCGGCCCCUCCCGGUCGAUGUCAUAGCUGCAACAGAGCAGAAACUCCGGAAUGGAGACGAGGUCCAGAUGGCGCGCGAACGCUCUGUAAUGCGUGCGGUCUGCACUACGCCAAGCUGACAAGGAAAAACACCAUGAAGCAGUCGCAGAUGGCUAACGGCUCUUCUAUACGCCCCAAGUCCAUGGACGGUGUUUCUCCUCGACCACUGUGA